AUUGUGUAUGAACAAGAUGGAGUAUUUAUUCAUUUGUGCUCUGAAAGAAUUGGUGAACAAGAUACACUUCCGGGAAUACUGAGGUUGAUUGAUAAGGGUACUGGAGCUGUAGUGGAUUGGUCACCAGUGGAUGACUCUCUGGAUCCUUCAAACAUUUUUUGUGCAGGCAAGGAUUCCAGUUCAGUUGUCGAAUGGAGCCAAUGUCCGAAAGAAAAAUCUUCUAGGAGUACUAUGCACCAAAACAGUUGUGAAGCUGAAUGGGACAUGGUUAAUACAGUUACUUUCAAAAAGAAACCCUUUAUAAAUGGUGAUGAUGACUCAACAUAUAACAUGAAUAAGAGAAGUAAAUGGGCAUUCUCCUUCAAUCUGACUGACCUGAAAUCCAUUAAAAAAAAUUUAGAAGGCAUGGGCUGGUCAUACUUGGUGUUUUGUCUUUGGGAUGAUACCUUUCUGCCAGCUCUUCAUUUCCAUCACGGAGGCAGCACGAUUCUGCUGCAGUGCCUUAAGAGAUAUGUUCUUCUUAGUGAAUCAUCUCAUGAUGACCGAGUACUCCUUGUUGCAUACAACAGUAAGGCACUUUCUCAGUCUUUUGAGAACUUGUUCGAAGAGCACGCAGUUGGCUUAGUGCAAGUAAGUGCAUGA